ACUGUUUGUGUUCCCCUUUGGCAUUUUUCAGUCAGAAAACAGUCAGAUAACCAUCCGUCGUAUCUAAAGUCCUUGAUAUACUGUUGUUUGUAAUGUUCAUCCUCUUCGCUAAUGAUGUGCAACAAGAAAGAUGGACGAAACGAAAAUAUUCAAAAACAAUAAGAAUUAGGAACACCAAGAUAAUCAUAACGUAGACGUAAUCCACAAAAAAAAAAUCCUUCAAAUAUUCUGUAAAAAAAUAGUUGUUACAAUGCUGCCAGUGUAUGCUCGUGUGUUUUUUGUGUCUGUGCCUCAGCUACGAAGAUUCUUCACAUACGUUUGAUUCAGAGGAAAUUUUUCAGCACUUUCUAAUGAGGGAAAAAGUCCAUUUUCCGUUGAAUAAGUCGCACUAAAUAAAUUUCCGAACUGACCAAUGAUCAAUAAGAAAUAGCAAUGGUUGAAACAGGCAGAGAGUAUAUUCUACAGUGGCCUGGUCAUGCAGCAAGUAUCACGGAGAGAUUCAGUGGCCUCCUGGCACGUCAGGCACUCGUUGAUGUUACGUUAUUAUGCCAGAAUCAGGAAUUACGUGUUCAUAAACUUGUACUUGCAUCCUGCAGUCUCUACUUCGAGGAGAUGCUGGAGCAAGACCUGGGUCAGGAGCCCACGAUAAUUCUGAAUGAUCUUCAUUUCAAUAUUCUCAAGGCUAUGAUUGAAUUUAUGUAUUGUGGGGAAACGACCAUAGCCCACUGUCAUUUGCAAUCGCUCCUCAAUGCUGCACGAGUAUUCAAAGUAAAACAUCUCGAGUCACUAGUCACUUCAAUGAUAGACGCAAAUGUCCCCCUGGACGGUGACCCUCACGACUCCCAAGAGUCUGACAUUGAGGAGGAAGCCUCAAUUCCUCACCUCAAUAAUUGCGCCCAAGCGCAGUCUCCAGAGAACGACGGAGAGAGUUCAUCAUCUACUUACAUCUUCGAAGAUUCAACAUCCAGCUGUGAUUCACCUCCAGAACUUGAAAAUGUACUUGAGUUAGAGGAGGAACUUGGAAUGUGUGAUAGCCCCUCCCAAUUACCACAAUUACUACAAGAACUAGAUGAAAAUCAUCAGCAUCAUGUGCGUGAAAAGGUCCACGAGGAUCAAUUAGAUUCACCAGGAGGAAUUGGCGAAUGUUCACGUGUCUACACCCACAAAAAACGAACAUCUCUGGACGACAGAAGAUCCCAGUUCAUUCCUUUAAAUCUCUCUCAACUCCACGACUCUUUAACAACCGAUUGCAUUGAUCUAUCCUACGACAAAAACUGUGAUAUUUCCCCUGUUACUUUUUCCCCUGUCGACCUCGAGUCUGAGUACAUCUUCAACAUGAACUCCGAGAGUAUUCAGCCCAUGUCUCAUCCCCCAAAUUGCUCAAUAACAGACAAACACAGAAGUAUUUACGACGAUUUAGAUGUCCAAAGAUUAGCUGCUCCUAGCUACAACAAUAUCCGAAAAAUCAAGGAAUUAUUCUCUGAUCAAAAUCAAUGCAACAAUAUCGGUACUACACCUGUAUUGAGACGAAGUGUCAGGCUGAAUCAAUUGGAGAACGAUGAUACAGUAAAUAAUAACAGUGAAAGCAUAAACUGUCAAAAGACUAAAGACUGCAAGAAACAGCCACUGAAGAAGCUGAAAAAAUUCAGUAAAAUAAAAUCUAUAAAAUUGAAUGGAAAAAAUAAAGAUUCCGAGUCGAGAAUAUCAGAUGAGAAUAGGAAACAUGUGAUCAAUUCAAGAUCACUGAGGAGUAGUCGAAAAAUAGUAACGAAGAAUCCUAGUAAAUUUUCACUAUCGAGAGAAGAGCAAAAGAGUAAAAAUACUAAACUGAAGAGCGGAAAAAUUGAUAAGAUGGAGUCCUUGGAUAAUGAUGAUUAUGUUCCAGUGAAGUUGAAUACAAUAGCAUCUGUCGAUCGUUCCCUCUGGGGAGACAUGUCAGAUUUGCUCGAAAAUUGCCAGAAUCAUGCUGUUUUACCUGACUAUUCCAAGAGCAAAGAGAUUCCUUUUGCUGUUGGUUUACUGCCUCUCAGAGCUGCUUUAGAAAGAAUGCAAGCAAUUCCUGAUUAUCAACCGAGGAAAACAAGGUCCUCCGUUGCACCGUACAAACUUGACUCAUGUGGGCUCAAGAGGAAGGCAAAUGGUGACAUUGAGUCCAUAGUAAUUAGUAAGAAACAGUACAGCCCUGAGAGGAGUAUCAACGAGUCCGACACUGUUUGCCAUAUUCAAAUACACACGUCUUCCCAGUGCUCACAGAGUGACAAAAUUGUUGAAGCCAAACGAUUUAUUCCGGUUGAACCAACGUCUGAUAAACGAUGACACAGAAGAUUAUUUAAAUUGAGGGUUUACAUUAUUUAUUAUUUCGGGGAUCGUUCCUACAAUUUGUUUUGUAUUUUUUUUGUGAUUUUUGGAAUUUUUUCGGGAAUUCCUGAGAGGGUGGGCAUUGGAAUUUCAGCAAAGUGGUGAAAGGAGGAGACAAAUACGAAAAUUCAAGAAGAUUUUGCAGUGAAAUAAUGAAAUAAGUGGAUCACUAGUGAAUUAUCGUUUUUCUCGGAAUUUUUUUUUUUUAUAUCCUAGCACCUGAGGGAUAGCAAAAUUUUUAUAAAGAUCUUUUCAGUAGAGCAAUUGACAUCUACACUGAGAAAACAAGAAUAUGCUGUCAAAGAAGUAUUGUUUGAACAAAAAAAAUGCAAGUUAAAAAUUACCGAGAAUAAAAAUCUCGUUAAAAUUGA